CCACUUAAGCUCAAACACAAACACAACACACUAUGGAGGGUAAGACAACGACACUGCUCUUGCUCUUGUUCACUCUCCUCCUCACGACAUCUUUAUCCAAAGAUCUCUGUCACAAAGAUGACAAAAACACCCUCCUCAAGAUCAAGAAAGCCAUGAACGACCCUUACACCAUCAUCUCCUGGGACCCCAAGGACGAUUGCUGCACCUGGUACGCCGUUGAGUGCGGCAACGCAUCUAUUAACCACCGCGUCACUUCUCUAGACAUAUCAAACGACGACGUCUCCGCUCAGAUCCCACCCGAAGUCGGCGACUUGCCUUAUCUAGAAUAUCUCAUAUUCCACAAACUCCCUAACCUCACCGGUGAAAUCCCACCCACCAUCACCAAGCUCAAGUAUCUCCGUUAUCUCUGGCUCAGCUGGAACAACCUGAGCGGCCCGGUUCCUGAAUUACUGAGUCAGCUCAAGAAUCUAGAGUACAUUAACCUUUCCUUCAAUAAGCUCUCCGGUUCGAUACCCGGUUCACUCUCUUUGUUACCUAAACUCGAGUUUCUUGAACUCAGCAGGAACAAGCUUACAGGUUCGAUACCAGAGUCAUUUGGAUCGUUUAAAGGAGUGGUAUAUGCUCUUUACCUAUCGCACAACCAGCUGUCCGGUUCUAUACCGAAAUCAUUAGGCAACCUGGACAUUAACCAGAUUGAUCUUUCCCGGAACAAGCUCGAAGGUGAUGCGUCGAUGUUGUUUGGAGCCAAAAAGACAACACAGCACAUUGACCUAUCAAGAAACAUGUUCCAGUUCAAUAUCUCCAAGGUUAAGGUAGCUAAAACAGUUAAUUUCUUGGACUUGAACCACAACAGCCUCACAGGGAGUAUCCCGGUUCAAUGGACCCAACUUGAUCUUCAGACUUUCAAUGUAAGCUAUAAUAGACUGUGUGGACGCAUCCCCCAGGGAGGGGACCUUCAGAGAUUUGAUGCUUAUGCGUAUUUACACAACAAGUGUUUGUGUGAUGCACCUCUUCAGAGUUGCAAGUGAGCUUACCAAGCGUUUAUCUAUUUACUUACCACAAGUAUCAAUGAAGUCUAAGGACAACUGUAUUUUCCAUUGGGAAUAAAUAAUAAAAACUUAAGCACAUUUGCAUUUGAUGAAUUCAUCACAUUUUUAUGUUAUAUCUUAAUUUUUCUCUAUA